AUGCCUACCACAUCCGCCAUGUCACAGCGUCGGCGCUUGACCAUAGGGUUGUGGUUGGGUCUUGUGCUGGUGUCGCCCAGAACAUUCACAGCACCCGGCAGGAUUUCUCGGCAAGCAAAGGCAGGAGGCACGGACCCGAUGCUGUCUUACCAAGACGAGGAGUAUUGGGAGCGACGCUACAGUACCGGCGACAAAGGCGUUCACAGCGACAUCAUCGACGACCGGGGGGUCGGCUGGUUGUGCUCCUAUGCCGGCCCGGUCCAGGAGACGCUGAAUGCGAUCACCGGCGGAGAUCGUAGCAAGGUCCUCCUGAACAUAGGUUGUGGAAUGGACCAGCUCAGCCCUGACAUCUACAAGGAUGGAUACACCAACUUGCUGAGUUCGGACAUUUCCCGGCACGCCAUCGCCGAGAUGGCAAAACAAACUGCCGAGGAGAUGCCGCUGGCGAAAUGGUUUGUGGAUGAUGUCACCCGCAUGAAUCUGCCAGACGAGUCGGUGGACGUCGUAGUGGACAAGGGCACCUUGGACGCCGUUCUGAUCCAAUCGGAGCCUUUCUUGCUGGCUGCAAGGAUGCUAAAAGAGGUGCAGCGCGUCCUCAAGGAGGGUGGCAUCUACUUUCUCAUCACCCAUGGGCGAGGUGAUCCCGACACCUGGCGGCUGCCUGUCCUUACCCUGCCCCACCUCAGCUUCAACAUUGCGAAGACACCAGACAUGGGUGGCUACUUCAUCUUCGUUUGCACCAAGCUGCCGCAGCCGGAUGCUGCCGCGGCCGCGGCGCAGUGGGACGAGGCAGAGGCUUGGGCCAAGAAGCGUGACGAGGAGGACCGCGAGGCAGAAUAUGCUGCUGUCGACGAAAUUGGCCAAUGA